UCAAUAAGAACUCCUAUUUCUCCUGAGUGUCGACUGUUCGUGACCUUGGUAUACUUGUCAGGGGGAUCAAGUAUAUUUUAUGUCUCUAGACUAUUCCGCCUUGGUGUUACAACCGUCAGAGAGAUAACCCAGGAAGUCACGCAAGUACUGUGGGAAGAAUUGAAGCAUGAUUAUCUGCCGGAAGUGGACGGACAACAGUGGCAGAGAUACAGUGCAGAGUUUGAGUCCCGCUGGAACCUGCCACAUUGCUGUGCUGCUGUUGAUGGCAAACAUGUUACGAUAACAUGUCCACCGAACUCAGGGUCGAUGUAUUAUAAUUAUAAAAAGCAGUACUCCAUAGUACUGAUGGCUAUGUGUGACGCAAACUAUAAUUUCGUUGGCGUUGACAUAGGUGCCUACGGAGGAAAUGCUGACGGAAGCGUAUUCGCUCAAAGUGCUUUCGGAUACCGCCUCCUGCACGGAGAGCUAGAACUACCACAACCAUCUGCGCUACCUAAUGGAGACGUUCUUCCUUACUUCAUCGUUGGAGAUGCUGCAUUCCCACUUAAAUCAAAUUUGAUGCGACCAUAUCCCGGAAGGAACCUGGAAAUCCUUCAAGAAAAUUUUAACUACAGGCUUUCUAGAGCACGCAGGACUAUUGAGAAUGCUUUUGGUGUGUUGGUGGCCCGCUGGCGUAUUCUCCUCUCACCACUGCAAUUGCAACCUGAUGCAGCUGAAAACAUUGUGAAGGCCUCGGUCGUUUUGCACAAUUUUGUCAAAAGACAUAAUGCGAAUCAAUACGCACCACCCAGCUUCGUCGAUCAUAUUGGUCAGGAAGGUGAAAUUAUCGUACCCGGUGAGUGGAGGUCGCAAGUUGAUCCUCUUGUCGGAAUCGAUAGUGAUUUUGUACAGCGAGGGAACAAUGCAGCUAGGAAUGCGUACCAAGCAAGAGACGUUUUGGCAAAAUACUUGCUAGAAACGCGAUUCCGCUAGCAUAAGUAUCACAGA